ACUAGAAAUGCAUUCCAAUGAAGUCACAACCAAAACAAAAUUGAUACCUUAUAUAAACUGCCCACCUUUUUUUGUUCUCGUUAACUCUUGUGGGAAAACAUAAGAGAAACAGAACAAAACUGAGAACAAAAACUGAGAAAAAAAAAUGGCAAGUGCAAGUCCAAAAGAAACAUUAUUAGAAUCUGCUGCGGUUCCUUUGCUUCCCAAGCAUAUUGAUGAGGAUGAUGAUGCUUCUCUUUAUGCUCUUCAAUGUCAUGGAACAUGGCUACAUUGUGGAUACCACUUAACAACAUCAAUUGUAUCUCCAUCUCUCCUAAAUUUACCAUAUGCUAUUUGCUUGUUGGGAUGGAGCACAGGAAUGAUCUUUAUUAUUAUUGGAGCUCUUGUCACCUUUUACUCUUUCAAUUUGUUGUCUUUGGUAUUGGAGCAUUACGCUUCUAAGGGCCUUCGCUUUCUUCGUUUUCAAGACCUGGCUGAUCAUAUUCUUGGAGCAACAUUUGGUCGAUACUUUGUGGGCCCUGUCCAGCUUGCAGUCUGUUAUGGCGCUGUAGUUGGCUUGAUCAUACUUGGUGGACAGUGCAUGAAGACAGUUUACUCCUUAGCAUGGCCAAACGGUGAAAUGGAACUCUAUGAAUUUGUUAUAAUAUAUGGAGGUUUAGUACUAUUGGUGGCUCAAGUACCUUCCUUUCACUCUUUAAGACACAUCAGCUUAAUCUCUCUAGCAUUAAGUCUUGCCUACAGUGCAUUUGCUACCGCUGGUUCAAUUUACAUAGGGAAUAUAUCAACUGAAACAAAGGAUUAUGCAAUAGUUGGAAAUACUGAAAACAAGAUAUUUGGAUCAUUUACAGCAAUUACCAUGAUUGCUGCAUCGUUUGGGAAUGGGAUCAUCCCAGAAAUUCAGGCAACUUUAGCAGCACCAGUGAAAGGGAAGAUGUUCAAGGGGCUAAGCCUGUGUUAUACAGUGGUCCUGAUAACUUUCUUCAGUGUUGCAAUUUCCGGGUACUGGGCCUUUGGCAAUGGUACUAGCAGUUUCAUAAUCGACAACUUCGUCGACAGCGAAGGCAAUGUUUUGGUCCCUAAAUGGUUCCUUUUCACCACACUCAGCUUCAUAAUCCUUCAAGUUUCUGCUGUUUCCGGGGUAUACUUACAACCAGCAAACAUACUUCUGGAGGAAAUGUUUGUUGAUCCAAAGUGUAAACCAUUUUCCCUCCGCAACGUAAUAUCAAGAGUAAUCUCAAGAUCCAUCUCUGUUAUGAUAGCAACUACAAUAGCAGCAUUACUUCCAUUUUUCGGCGAUGUGAAUGCACUCAUUGGAGCUUUUGGCUUCAUACCCCUGGACUUUAUCCUGCCUGUUGUCUUCUUCAACUUGACCUUUAAACCAUCCAAGAGAAGUAUCAUAUUUUGGUUGAAUAUAAUCAUAGCAACCGUCUUCUCGUUGAUCAUGGUUAUUGGGAUAUUUGCAGCAGUGAGGCAGAUGAUUUUCGAUGCUAAUGACUUUCAUUCUCCGGAUCGUCUUUCUAGUUCCUGGACACUUUCUUCGUUGGGAAAAACUUCAUGGAAAUCUUUUUCAAGCUACUUGACAAAAAAUAUUUACUCUUUCUCUUCAAUAUGAUCAUUAAAGCUAAGCAUUUUAAGUUAAUGUAGUGUAUAAAAUUAUAGUGUAUUAGUACUGUACAUUUUACGAUCGCAGAGGAGCAAAUUCUUUCAGGUGACUACUCAGAGAUGUCAAAUAUGUAAGCAUAUAGAGAAAUGAUGUAAAUGCAUCUAUAAUCUGUAAUCUAUAAUAAUAUAUAUAAUAACAAAUUCUUUUAUGCCACAUA